UCAAGGUCUGAGGUUCAGUGCAGUUCUGGCCUCUGCUUCAAUUGAACUUCAGCAAAGAUAUCCCACGCUGGUGUUACGGGUGCUUCUAGGCAGAUUCACCAUGUCAAACGGAAAAGGGAUUUUGUUGGUCCUGCUGAUUUUUGCUGUGUGGGUGACCCAAGGUCAUGAUCUUGCUCCUCCAGAAGUGCUUACUAAAUACGGGAGGCUUCAAGGCCAGCGGGUGAAAGUCAGUGCUGCAGAAAGAGACGUGGAUGUUUUCCUUGGAAUUCCUUAUGCAAAGCCACCAGUGGGAAACUUGCGGUUUGCCCCACCAGUACAGGCUGACCCAUGGAGUGGUCAAAGAGAUGCAACAUCCUACCCACCCAUGUGUCUGCAGGAUCCAGAGCUUGGGCAAGGUCUGUCGGAUGCCUUUACUACCAGAAAAGAAAAAGUCCAACUGACUGUUUCUGAGGACUGCUUAUAUUUAAAUAUCUACACAGUGGCUCAUUCGGACACGAAACCAAAGUUACCGGUGAUGGUUUGGAUCCAUGGAGGAGGGUUACUGGUGGGUGCAGCGUCCACAUAUGAUGGGGCAGCGUUGGCAGCUUCUGAAGAUGUGGUGGUUGUCGCGAUUCAGUAUCGGCUGGGCAUCCUUGGUUUUUUCAGUACUGGUGACACAACAGCCCGUGGAAACUGGGGCCUUCUUGAUCAAGUGGCAGCUCUUCAGUGGGUCCAAGAGAAUAUUGCACAGUUUGGAGGUGACCCAGGAUCUGUUACUAUAUUUGGUGAAUCUGCAGGUGGAUUCAGUACUUGUGCCCUGGUCAUAUCUCCACUGGCAAAGGACUUGUUCCAUAAAGCCAUCUCUGAAAGCGGCGUCUGCCUCCUGAAUGGUCUCUUAGACCUCCAUCCAGAAAAGCAAGCUAAGAAAAUGGCAGAAUCUGCUGGCUGUAAGACGUCAAGCUCAAGCGAGAUGGUUCAUUGUCUCAAAGGGAAGACGGAGGAUGAAAUUUUGCAGGCCGCUCACAAGAUGGAUCUCAUGAGAAUCCGAAUGGACAGUGCAGAAGAAAAACACACUGUGCUUACUACCGCAGUUAUCGAUGGUGUGUUUCUCCCCAAACCACCCAAGGAUCUCCUAAUAGCAAAAAAAAUCAAUAACGUACCCUACAUGAUUGGGGUCAAUAAUCAUGAGUCUGGAUGGAUUAUUCCACAUAUGCUGCGCUUUCCAGAUUUAACAAAGGGCCUAGACAAAGCAACAGUAAAUGCUCUGCUCCCCGGCUUAGAUCAAUUCACGAACGUUGACUCCGAAUAUGCUCACCUCAUUACCAACGAAUAUCUGAAGGAUACUGAAGAUCCUAUACAACUCCGGGAUCAGCUUCUUGAUAUGCUGGGAGACGUGGUCUUUGUUGUUCCCACCAUUCAAACAGCGAGGUACCACAGAGAUACUGGAUAUCCAACCUACGUGUAUGAAUUCCAGCAUCGGCCAAGUUUACACAGAGCUCUUAAGCCAGACUUUGUUAAAGCUGACCACGGUGAUGAAAUCGGCUUUGUCUUUGGAAGGCCCCUUUUAGGAGAUGAUACCACCAAAGAAGAAAGAAAUCUUAGCAAAACAGUUAUGAAAUACUGGGCUAAUUUUGCUCGUACUGGGAACCCUAAUGGUGAAGGUCUGCCGACCUGGCCCAAGUAUGACCAGAAGGAGCAAUACCUGGAAAUUGGCUUAACGCAAAAGGUGGCAACAAAGCUAAAAGAGGAGCAAGUUGUCUUCUGGACCAAGAUCUUGCCUGAGAAGAUAGCUGAAAUCAAAAGAGUGCGCACAGAAUUAUAAGACCUCAGUGGCAUCAAGAAGCCAUGCUGCUAUUGAGAAGUGAAAUGAAUUGUUUUCUUCUGGUGGAUUGUUUGUCAUUUUGGAGAAUUUUUGUCUUGGGUUGUGAUAUUGGUCAGUCUGCUGUUCACCAGGGAUCUUAAUUGCCAGAAGCAUCUAUUGUCAAAUUUACUAUAAAUCAAAUUCUCUCCUGCUGGUCCUACCAAAAUGAUGCUGCAGAGAAUGACAGGGAAUUUUUCAAUAAAAUUGUCUCUUCGUCCAAGAAAAUUGAGGAUCUCAAUUAAUGACAGGUAACUUCUGAUUUUUAUAUUGCCGAAGUACCUUCACUGCUUCUCUUCCAACACACCUGUUUGCAAUCUGAAAUCUUUGUGUCCUUCAGUGGAGCUUCUGCAGACAGAAGCUACUGGCUCUUUUAUAGCUAUGAUGUGUGGUUUAUAGGUUGGGUUUGGCUGAAGAUAACAGUCUAGAUCUUAUGCCUUGCUUUUGUGUGGAUCCCUCUUUGUUAGGAAAUGAGUCCUCUGGUGAAAGAUGCUAGCUUUGCUUGAGCAGAAACACCUAACGCUGUAAACAUGCACUCUGCAUCCAAAGAACCUGCUCCGCAACGGAUUUAGAAGGGCACCAAUGGAGAGAAGUAUGAUUGCAGAUCUACAAGUGAAGUCAGAACAACUAAGCCAACAUUUCUAACUUUCUAGCAUCUUUUUCGGGUUCCAAAAUGAAAACCAAGAACAACAAAUUUCUCUGCUGAAUAGCAUUUGUGUGCAUUCCUGUUCUCAUAAUACUGUCAUAAAUUGCUGCAGAAGAUUUAACUGACUCAUGUUUCCUAUAGUUUGCAUAAUCCUUGUGAUUACAGUUGCUUUGUUAGACAGUUGUGGUCACCUCAGAAAGAUGCACAUUCUGAUGCUGGAAAAAGGUGAAAGGAAAAAUGCCAAACAAUCAAGGUAUUGAACAUCUGGCCAAAUGAAGAAAAGAUACUUGGAACAGCCACACUUUUGGAGUACAUGGGGGCAGAAGAGUUAAAGGGCUCCCUUAAGUCCCUUGGGGAGAUCUCUGUUUCCCACAAUGCACAACAAUCCACUAUUCUCUUUGUCAUUUUCUUCUACAGAACUAUUCUGGUAUCAAAUAAAGUCAAUCUGCUUUGGCUCUGGAGAAAUCUGAAGCAUUAAUACUUUAAUAAAUAAAACAAAAACAA